AAGAUUGAUUUGGACUCACCGAAGGUUGCGACGAUGGAUGACAUUGAAAAAGGCAAGAAAGUCUAUUGCCGCUGCUGGUUGUCAGGAACCUUUCCCCUUUGCGACGGUACCCAUCAGAAGCACAACGAUGCUACGGGCGACAAUGUUGGCCCACUAAUCGUAUCCGUGAAGAAGGAAUAG